CCCUCCGGGACCGAAAGCGAAAGCGCGCUCGGCCUCUCGGCGCUCGCUCGAUCGGGUCUGGCCGAGCGGGCGGCGUUGACGACCGGGGUUCGGCGCCGUGGGCCCGGAGCUGAGGGCGGCAUGGAGGGUCCGGUGGCCGCCGCGGCCUGGGACGUUUCCCUGCACAACUUCAGCGCGAGGCUGUGGGAGCAGCUGGUCCACUUCCACGUCAUGCGGCUGACGGACUCUCUGUUCCUGUGGGUGGGGGCCACGCCGCACCUGCGCAACCUUGCCGUGGCCAUGUGCAGCCGUUACGACUCCAUCCCCGUGUCUACCUCUCUCCUUGGGGACACUUCCGACACGACCUCCACUGGCCUUGCCCAGCGCCUAGGGCUGGGAGGGGAGACUGGCCUGGCCUGCAAGUGUGGUGUAGAGCGGGGAUUAAGCAGAGACAAUGAGGCUGAAGGCUCCGCCGCUCCCACACCCCAGCAUACUUCCUGUACAUACCCAGGUGGGCCAGCAAGGAAGACCAACAAACAGGUGUUUGUCAGCUAUAACCUUCAAAACACAGACAGUAACUUCGCAUUACUUGUAGAAAACAGGAUCAAGGAAGAGAUGGAGGCUUUCCCCGAAAAGUUCUAGCUGAGUGGCAGCAGUGAGAAUUUGUAACUUAUGUACAAUGUACAUGUAAAUAAAUGGAUUGAAUUUUGAUUUGUCAUCA